AUGGCAAACACAGCUGGCAUUGGAAACAGAACACUUGGCCAAAUCAGCUUGCUGGAUUCGCAAGACUAUCAGUUGGCACUGACCUUGGAAGAGUAUUCAUGUAUUCUAGGAAUUCCCAUCAAGCUUCAAGUUCCUUUUCACGUGUCUAUGGAGGUUCCUGAUUCUGAACGUAUUGUUGCUACCCUUUAUUUGGGAAAAUAUGUGGUGGAUGCUAAUCUCAAGACAAAAGGAGGACUCUCUGGUUUUAUUCUGAGUUUUCUUUUAGAAACUUUGGGUGCUUUGGCUAAAGAAGAGAAUUGGAAGGUUUUCAAUGCUGUUUUGGCUUGCAGUAUCUAUGGCAUUGUUUUGUUUCCCAACAUGGUUGAUUUUGUCGAUAUGAACUCCAUUCGUAUCUUGAUGAUGGGGAACCUAGUACUAACACUUUUGGGGGGUGUAUAUCAUUCUAUUCAUUCCAGAAAUCACAAAAGGAGAGGUGGCUUACUGUGGUGUUGUGCUCCUCUUUUGUACCAUUGGUUCCGAAGCCAUCUCCCGUGCAAAGGAGCAUUUAUGGAUAACAAGGAAACCUUGAAGUGGUCCAAGAGGUUGAUGGGGCUUACUUCCAAAGAUUUGGUGUGGUAUAACUUGAAAUUGGACAGGAUGGAGAAAUCUGAAGUGAUUUUAUGUUGUGAAGAGUUUCCUAAUGUGCCUCUCAUGGGCAUUAGGGGAGGUGUAAACUAUAAUCACGUGCUUUCUCAAAGACAAUUGCACUAUGCUUUGAAAGGAUCUCUAGAGGAUAGGAGCAUCCAAGAGUCUUUGUUCUACAAUGUGAAUUAUGGUGUUGAGAUGAUGAAGAAAGUUGCUAAGGCCUGA